AAGGAAGGCCGGGCGGGCGGGCGCGAAGCAGCAGCCGGUCCGAGGCGCCAAGCAGCGGAAACAGCCACCACCCUCGCCUCGACGCGAGGGAGACGGAGCGAGAUUGAUGUAUCCUUUCAGCCUGAGCGUACCUUAGAAAGAAUUUGUAACGGCCACUGCACAAAUUUGCCUAGAAUUUGUACCGUGUCACAUUUCCAUGGGGACCGUACAAGAUCCACUGAGAUCUACUAAGCUUUCCUUGGUCACAGCUGAAGAAUCUCCUAAACACCUGUGCAAGCAAGCGAGCAUAGAAAGCAACAGUAAUGGAUAUCCUUUUCCGGCCAACGACCAGCCGUCUGGAGGAUGCUUGUUUGAAGUGAACUCUGGCCGAGAAGCCAAGGUUCCAAAGAGUGACUGGCAUUGUGAAUAUGACACCAAGCAUACAAACAUUCUUUCUCCUGGGUCCUUCAGCUCUUCCAAAGAAGGCAGCAUGGCAGCUCCAGAACCAGUAAGUUACACUAAGCAGGAGGGCUCCAGAGCCAAGGUCCAAGACCCAGCACCUGAAACCCACACCUCAGUGCAUGGUGAAGUUAAAGUGACUCUUGCCCAAGAGGCUAACAAAAAUAUUCCAAGUGGUAGUGGACAAUCAUGUAAUAUAAUUGAUAAAGCAACCAUACUUCCUGGAGGAGACCUUGAUGUUGUGGAGAGCAGAUCCAAGGAUGAUUCCAUUCUUCCUUCCCCUCCUAUUUAUUCUGAUACCCAGCAAGCAGCUCCUGCGGGGAAGGAUAAUGUGUGUGAAGUUAUCAUCUCUGACAACAGUCAAGUUUUGGUUUCCUCUGAUGAGAUGGGCCUCAAUCUGAAAGCUCCUGUUUGUGUGGAAACAGAAUUGGGGAAUACAAAGAAUGCAACUUCCUGUCCUAAAACCGAGCCACAGACAGCAUCCGAAUGCAACCUUGAGAGCAUUGCAGAGACAUUGUGUACCCGUAGGGAGGAGCCUACAGCAAAGCUGUCCAAAUUCAAAGACACAGGUACAAUGACAGUAACGCCUGAGAACAGAUCUGUAGAGGCAGAGACGAUAAGCAGGACUCAUCAAGAUGCUGAGGUUCAAGCUGUAGCUAGUGUGGAGAGCAGGUCAGCUUCCACCAGCCCAAGUAUCUUGAUGGCAUUCUUAAGAGAGAACAUGUCUUCUGAGGCAAAACAUGACCAAGAUCAGUUGCACAUCAUUUAUAUGGGAGCUGGAGGGAAAGAGGAAUCUGAAAUAAUUGGUGACUUGGCAGCCAAUGUCCAAACACCUUCAGCUGUUGGCAUCACGCACAAGGAACAUGUUCAAAUACCACCUACAACCGGAGAGCCUCUGGGAAGUCCUAACGUCAGGCUUCAGGAGAAUCUCACAAACAGGCACGAUCCAAUUUGCAAAGCUUUGUUGGAUAAGGCAGAAAGGGUGUGUUCACUGGCAUCUGACAAUUCUCAAGAAAUUUUGGCCAAGAGGACAGAGGUGCAAAUAACAGACGUGGCUAAAAAUCGCGGCGAUGUUUCACAGCGACUGUCAGACAAUUCGGUUUUGCAGAAAGCAAGAUCCGUUUCCCAAAUUAGUGUUGGUUCUAGUAAUCAGCCUGUGUCUGCCCAGCACCCUGCAAACUUUGAAACUAAACUACCUCCGUGUUUUUCAACCCCAGCCAUCGAUAGUAAAUAUCGACACUCUGAUCCUUCUUCAUUCGAAGAAAAUCCUCCUCCUUUGUGUCCCAGAACAUCGGAACAAGCCAAGGCUACAGUUAUCAGUAUGGAUACUAAGACAACCCAUCGGGAGAAACAGCUGCAGAUCAAGACUGUUGAUAACCUUGAGAAAGCUCUGCCCAGUUUUCCCAUUGCUGUAAAUCCAAAGAGAGAAGGAAAGGUCCAUCUCAUAUCUGAAGAACAAAAGAUCAAUAUGACAGGGUUUGUUAUUGGCUCCCAAACAAUGAGUGUUCCAGCUAUAGCAAAAAGCAAGCAAGGUACGGUUUCUGGGGAUACCAAGGCAGGAACUUUGGUCAGUCAGAAUCUAAUAUCUAAGUUGAGUAGAAGUUUUAGUCCUGCUGUAGGGAUCCAGAAUGAUAAAAUCCAGAAGGGUCCAGUGCUUGAUGUACCAGCUGCUCCUACUUCUUCAAGUCCUACACCGCGUCUUGGUGAAAAGAAGAAAGGGUCCAAGGCUCUCGCCGCCGAGGCGAAAGCGCAUCUGAAGCAAUCCAAGCGUGUCAGGGAUGUUGUGUGGGAUGAACAGGGCAUGACCUGGGAGGUUUACGGAGCAUCUCUAGAUCCAGAAUCAUUGGGAAUCGCUAUCCAGAACCACUUGCAAAGGCAGAUCAGAGAGCACGAAAAACUGAUCAAGGUUCAAAGCCCCCAAGCCCGUAAAUCAAUAUCUUCAGAUACGUCUUCAAAUAAAAAAUUGAAAGGGAGGCAUCACAACGUUUUCCAUUCCAUGCUGCAGAAUUUUCGACGCCCAAAUUGCUGUGUUCGUCCUGCGGCUUCUUCUGUGUUGGACUGAAAAAAAAAAAAUCAGAAACAAGGAUGGGAACGUAACACAUCCGUUUGUGCGCACUUGUGUACUUGUACAAGGAACUUUAUGGAUAUUUGAGAUUCUAAUACACUGAUACAGGGUUGAGGGGAGAGGAAAUUAUGACAGUAUAUUUCGUUCCCACUAGUUAACAUGCCUUCAUCUGUCUAAUUUCUGCAAAUAAUACAUGAAACAUUCAUGUUCACGCCGGAACUUCUCAGUCAUUUGCCAAAUAAAAUAGAAGUACCGGGUGAAACACAAUUCAGAACUGUCAGGUUACUUAUAUAACUCUCAGAAGCUUUAGAUAAAAAGAGAAGGGUGACUAAAUCUUAAAUAGAUUAUUUUAUGAGAUAAUGUAGAAAAACAUUCCCAAACUGGGGAGUGGAAAGAUGAAAAGUUGGGUUGGGUUCAAGUAGAAAGGUGAGAAGGAAUGGUGCUUUCUUAACUGUAUAAACCCUUCAAAGUUGAGACUCGUCUACACAUUAGAUACAGGAUCUGAUGCCCAAACCCUUCCAGCUGAGUUUUGCCCAUUGGCAGCCACUGCCAACCUUGCCCCACUGAAGGUGCUUAAUCUCAAAUGAAAAGUGCAUAAAUUUCCAAACCGUCCUGAUACUUCAAAGCCAGAUUUUGUCUUAAGCAUUUGGGAUUUCCGUGUAUGCAUUUACAUGCUGAUUUUUGUUCUGUGCCUUGUUUUCUCCAAUGAUUCUCAGAGAACAGACGAAUACACACACACACACACACACACACACACACACAAACACACAGCACUUCACCUAAUACUAGAGAAAAUAGGAUGGAUGGAAAUCUAGAAUGGAUUGAAAAAAUUAAAAAUUAGUAGAAACUUUUGCAGUCUUUUCGUGUACACAUUUCCAGCCUAUUAAUGCUUACUGCAUAGAUUUUGUCUGCUUGUUUCCUGAUAUUGCCUGAUGGCUAGGGAAUUCUGGGAGUUGAAGUCCAUACAGUAUAAAAUUGUCAAGGUUGAGAACACUCAUCAAAGGGGAAAGCAACUGCAUUUAUAGAAAAAUAUUCAAAUUAUUGUAUAGUGAACCAGGAACCUACUGAUCACUGGUUUAAUUUCUCGUGUACGUUUCUUACGACAUUGCUGCAUAUUCUAGCCUUUCCAAAUAUUUUGUGCCUUCUAGGUGUGUUGGAUUAGAAAUCCUGGAAGGCACAUCUGUGAUUCCAAUAUUUUAAGAAUUCCAAGUUUGGGAAAUUGGAUUAACUGGCAGUGUUUCUAAACCUUCGCAUCUUUUAAGUUGUGUGGACUUCAACUCCCAGAAUUCCUCAGCAUGUUUGGGGAACAUGGCUGGCUAGAGAAUUCUGGGAGUUGAAGUCCACACAUCUUAAAGAUGCCAAGGUUGAGAAAUUUGUGUGCUCAGAAAAUUAUUUCUAAAAUUAUAAAUAUAAUUAUAGUAUAAUGCAGAUCUGCUUGGAAUAUAUAGCAAAACAUGGAACAAAAUUGUGGAAUUUUCUCUGCAAAUCGAUUAAACCCAAGAAAGUUCCUUUGUUAACUAUAACUUGUUCAAUAAAUUAUGGUUAACAGUAUAUUGGGAUAAAUGCAAGCAACAUUAUAGCUUCAUAUGAUGCAUAAUGCAGGCCAGUAAAUUUAAAUGAGUUGAAUCCCAGAAAAGGCAAUGACAUUAUGGCAACCUAAAACUCAGGGAUUUUCAUGAUUUUUGUGGUUCUGCCUAAUGUUGUUAUGAAAGAUUAUGCUUCUAAUCAGACCAUUUGGGGGGUGGGGGUGAAAUGCAAUACCAAUAGCAAUCAUUCAUUCUGCCAACUUUAAUCAAUUCCAUAUUCCAUUGCUUUCAAUGGGAAAUAAGCAUGUAUAUUACCCAUUUCUAUUGAAAUCAAAUACUGAAGAUGAUUUCUUUGGACUGGACUGAACCAUCACGUGAAUGUAAAAAAAACAUGUUUCCCCCCCCCGCCUAUUAUGGAAAAAAUAUCUAAUUUGUCAUCAUUUGUGAUUAUCAUAUUUAUGGGCUUCCAACCAUCAUCAUUAGAGCUUUUGCAAUGUAGAUCUUCUCAAGCCUUGCUUUAUUGUUUGCCUUGCAGCAAAAUCUGCUCUUCUAGCAGUUCAACACACACAAUCACUACGGCAGGAAAUUUCUUGAAAGGCAGUCCAGUUUUUCAACCUUUGCUUCAACAAUGUGCUACACUGCAAACCCAAACAAAAACGGCUCUAUUGCAUUAUUUAAUCAAAGAACUGAGUUUUCAACCUUUGUAUUUUGCAGAGUUAUUGACUGCCUUUUGACAGCAGCAUGGUAGCCUAGAGGUGGACCUUUUGCUUCACAAUCAGGAGGCUGUGAGUUCAAUCCUAGAUAGCAGCAGAUAUUUCUCUCUCUGGGCCCAAAUGAAAAUAUCUGCUGCGAACUCCGCAUAGGAAUCGGGAAGGGCAUCCAGCCAGUAAAUGCUCAGCUCCAUUCAGCUGCCACAACUCCACCCUGAUGCAAGGGAUUACUAGGUCAUUAAAAAAAAAUUGACUGCCUUUUGUGAAAAUUUGUGGGGUCUAACUUUUGACUUCAGUUGUUGUGGCUCUUGGCUGCCCAUCUAUACUUAAUCAUAUGGACAGAGCUUUUAAAAAAAGGUUAAACAAAAUGGAUAUAUACAUUCCUGGGAAAAAAGAUGAGCUUCUCCCCACCUUCCUGAGAUUCAGUCCUAUUAGCAAUAGCACUUAGAUUUAUAUACCGCUUCACAGUGCUUUACAGCCCUCUCUAAGCGGUUUACAGAGUCAGGAUAUUGCCCCCAACAAUUUGGGUCCUCAUUUUACCCACCUUGGAAGGAUGGAAGGCUGAGUCAACCUGGUGAGAUCUGAACUGCCAAAUUGCAGGCAGCCAGCAGUCAGCAGAAGUAACCUGCACUACUGCACUCUAACCAUUGCGCCACCGUGGCUCGUAUUGAACUUGAUAGGACUUAUUUUUGAAUAGAUGCGUACAUUCUCAUGCUAACUUGGAAUUGUAUAUUAGGAACACAUCGUAUUAGGGAGCAAUUUAUUAUAAUAUACACAAAGCACAGUUGUUUAUUCAUAAAAAGAUCAGUGUCAAGCUAGUAAGAUCCUAUUCCCUUAAAUGGGUUACAAACCACAAAUAGGAAAUGAAGGUCUAUGUAUUAUAUUUUUAUCUGAUCCUUUAUGCAAAUAUAAGAUUAGGUAACUGAUUAACAUGCUUUACAUGUAAAAAAAUCACAAUGUUUUGUCUAGUAUCAGCUGAAAUACUAAAUAGCAGAUUAGGGGAAAUUCCAGGCAAAAUAGCUUGAUGAUCCAAUUUGAGCUAGAGCAGAACGUGUCAAUCUAGAUCAGUGUUUCUCAAUUUUGGAUACUUGAAGAAGUGUGGACUUCAACUUCCAGGAUUCCCCAGACAGUAUGGCUGUCUGGGGAAUUCUGGGAACUGAAGUCCACACAUCUUCAAGCAGCCAAGGUUGAGAAACAUAUAUAUAAUCUCAAAAAGUACCAUAAAAUAGCUUCCAGUCAUAUUGAGCUGCCAUGAAUCAUUAACACAACAGUUCUAUAUGGUAAUAAAAUUAUUCUAAUCAUAUAGAAAUUAUGGUUGGUAAUAUAUUAUGGAAAAGAACAUGAUUGCAGGCUGUUAUUCAUAACAGCUGUGCUGUAUAUUACCUAAAGCAUUGAAGACAAUUCCCCCGUUUUUGGAAAAAGCAGGCCAGAGGAUUGUAUCUUCAUAGAAGACCAGGGUGGAAACACAAAGAUUAGAUAAAUUACUCAUGUUACCAGCAGAGCUGAGAUUCUUAAAGCUAUAAUCCUGUCACUUCUGUUCAUUCAUUCUACUUAAAUUUGACUGCUUUUAUGUGCUUAAUAACUAAAGAGGUUUUUGGAAAAAUUGAGCCAUUUUAAUAAACGUCAUGCAAAUCAAUUUAUUCUUCAGGUGAACCAGAUUUUUUUAGGUUUGUAAAGAACCUUUGUAAAGAAGCAAAUAUCUGGAAGGGCUCUUGAAAGCAGCAGAGGGAAAUUUUACACCAAGGAGCUAAAAUCUGGCUUGUUGUAUUGUAAUUUGAAGAUUAUGCACUAACAAAUUUAUUGAAAUCAUUGGAGUUGACCCCUAAACUGAGAAAAGGAUUCCUAAUCCCACUGGUUUGUUUUUUUUCCUGCUGACCCCAAUUCAGUUUAACAGCAGAUGUGCAAUGGGAUCCUUUAGGUAUAAAAGGUAAAUAUUUCCCUGUCAGUCAUGUCUGACUCUAGGGCACGGUGCUCAUUUCUUGGCCGAGGGAACCAGCAUUACCGAAAACAAUUUCCAUGGUUGUGGCCAGCAUGGCUAUACACCAAAGGUGCACAGAACACAGUUACCUCCCCACCAAAGUGGUACCUAUUUAUCUACUCACAUUUGCAUGCUUUGGAACUGCUAGGUGGACAGGAGCUGAGUAAGUAACGGGAGAUGAGCUCCCGUUACUUACUCAGCUCCUGUCCACCUAGCUCAUCCCAUUGCAGGGAGCUCAGGUCUUGAACCCGAGCUGUCAGCUCUUCAGCUGAGAAACUCAGCAUCUUUAAACUGAGCCAUUGCACCCCUCCUUUAGGUACAUCAUAAAUGGUGAAUUUUCUGUCUGGAAAAGGAAACCAUUCCUAAUUAUGAAGGAUAAUUAUGUUCUAUUAGAUUCUCAGCAUGUCAAGUUAAUGGGUACUUGGGACAAAAUAGCCACAGGGGCUCUCACAUUCUAACUAUUAACACUGCCAGUUUCUAUUCCAUUCUGUCCCUAAUUUUCUUCCCCAAAUUCUUUUUUUUUUAAACUUGUAAACAUAUUUCUCUGUAGAACAAUACUCAAUGACCAGAUUUUUCAUUGCUCCAGGAAAUAUCUGUGAAACCGCUUAAAAGAAAAAUGCCAUGGGUAUGAUUGCAUUUCGGACUCCUUAAAGUACUUUAUAUACAAUUGCUAUAAGCAAUCUCUUCCUAGCUAGCCUUACCAAUUUUAAGAAAGUUGCAGAAAUGUACAGUUUUCACCAACCAUGUUUCCUAAAUUCUCCUGUUUUCUUUCCACAACGAAGCAAUACAUCUCUUUGAUGGUUUAGCUACUGUCAGCCAUACAUAAUCUGAAACAAUUAUGGAGUCCAGCUUGAAAUAUUUUGCCAAUCACCGAACACUGAAUCCGGCAUCUUUUAAAGGUUUAUAUUUUUGUUCUUUUCUCAAAUUGCCCAUAUUUAUCCAGUUCCAUCCUGGAUAAGUGUUUGAUUAUUGAAUUCCCAUGUAUGGGGUUUUGUCCUGUUGAUGAAGUUUGUAAUAUUGAACAUUCUCUUAUUGUCCAAAAUGUGAACUUUAUGUGGAUCGUUUGAAUAACAGUAAAUGUUGGUGAUGUUUGUUAGGUAAGAGUUGUUGACGCUUGGCUUCUCUUACUGCCUCUUGUCAUGCUGUGGUCACCAAACUGCAGCUCUUUCACACUCCGAAGAAUCUGGUGUAUCUUCUUGCUUCUUCUUGUGUCUUCAGAUGCAUUGUUUUCAUCCAGAUUGUCCCCCAUGGAUUGUGAUGUGGCAUCCGUAAAAGAACCUUCAGACAAUUUUCUUCCACGUUUUCUCUUCAGGAUAAGGCUCUGAAUCUUGAGUACUUUGAAGAGAUUGUCUCAUGAGGAUUCAUUACAAACCAAUGAUUACAAAAUUGCUUAUAAACAGGUGUGAACAACAGAAGAAAUAAACAGCUAAAAGACAUCCAUCCAAAUGUAGAUGGCCUUGAAGUGCAUGACAAAAACUGGACCUCUUAUUUUCACCUCCCGCUCCUUCUUUUACAACGAAUGUUGGCUUUUCAAGUAAUGGAUGAAACCAAGUAUGGAUUUCAACAGGAAAGAGACAAAAAGAACGAACUUCUUUGACUUUGAGGAAACGGGAACAUUUCUCUUAAAAGGUUCUCAGUUCAACCCAAACACCUCUAAUUAUAGUGUUUCCAAUACAUACAGAAAUACUUAAGUAUUUUAAGAACUGACAAUAACGGAAAAAAUAAAAGAUAAAGCUUCCAGAGACUGCACUUAAACAGGCAGAGGAAUUGACAGAGUACAUCUAGAGCAGAGGUCUCCAACCUUGGCAACUUUAAGACUUGUGGACUUCGACUCCCAGAAUUCCUCAGCCAGCAAGUCUUAAAGUUGCCAAGGUUGGAGACCCUUUCUCUAGAGUAUAUAUAUGUUGUUUUUUUGGGGGGGGAACUUGGGACUCACAGUGACAAUUCAAUGGGCACAUAAAGCCUGCUGAAAUGCAUUUGCUGUCGAGCAAUAAUGUGCCCUUGAUGUUCUCCUCAAAAGCCCAUAACACCAGCACAUUUCAUGUUAUGAGAUAUUCUUCUCGAUUCUGGAGAACUUUGCUGUGUGAAUUCAGAAUAUAAGCAGCUUUAGUAGCCUUUAUUAAUCAUUAUUAACAAUAAGGGUCAACGCCUCUGGGAUGUCUGCAGGGUGCAUAUGUCAAAUAAGACAUGUGAGAAAAAGGACAACAUAUUGUGUGGCGGCUGCUGCCAAAUGAUUCUUUUGCCCACCUCCCCUGCUUGGCCCUCCAGAUACUUCUGAUCCCCACCCCCAUCACCACAACUAAAGGAUUAUAAAAAGAAUCCCAAUUUCAUAACAACCACCCAUUUCUAACACGACAAGAACGUUCAAGCAGUCUUAGAAAAUACUAUUUGAAUCAUUCUGUCAAUUGCCUUAUUAGAAACUAUCGAAUUAUAUUUAAACUCAUGAAAUCAUUAGCAAUGCAAAUAUAUCCAGAUGAACUAGAAUGGCUUGAGGUUUUAAGUUUUCAACGGCCAAUCCCAAUUUGAAAUCUCUUGAGUGAAAAGAUUUCGAAGCGGUCCAACGUACAGCCACAAACGUUGUGGGUACACACACACUUGCAAAUACAAACACUUAGCAUAACAAUACAUUGAAGUAUGAAUAGUGGGCAAUCCCAAAAUCUGGUUUCUAGCUGGGAUUUGACCUGACUGAUCUGGCUCACCAAGGAUCCAAUCCAUCUCCUGAAAUGAGGUUUUUAGACUGCUAAAGCUGCCUUAUGUUCAUGUAGCUGUGGGGUUUUUUUUAUAAAUAUAUAUAUAUUAACGGGAAAUUACUGACUGAUGUGCUAUACCAAAUAGCUAAUUUUAGCUUGAAGCUGUACCGUAGCAUUUAUUUUGGGUAUUAACUUUAAAACAUGCAUGCGAGAACCGGUUCUAUAAUAAUAUGCCAGAGUUACAUUUUUGGUUGUUGGGCAACUCCCAACAGGAAGUUCCAUAUUUUGCUGUUUUACAUCUUGGAUUUCCACAGUAAUAAAUAUAAUAAAACGAUGUCUUUAUUAA